AUGGAAGAGAUUGGUAUCGACCUCAAGAUUGAGGACCCCACCCUCACUGCUCAGGCUUCAGAGAAGCAGAUCCUCCUCGACUCUCUGCCUUCUGGCAGCGAAGAGCUUUACAGUACCUGGAAGCGACUCGAGGCUCACAGAGAGUUUCUCCAGCUCCAGGAGGAGUACAUUCGUGAUGAGACUGCCAACCUUCGACGAGAGCUCUUGCGAGCCCAAGAAGAAGUCAAACGUAUCCAAUCCGUACCUUUGGUCAUCGGACAAUUCCUCGAACCCGUUGACGAGCGUCGGGCCAUCGUUGCCAGUACAACUGGCCAAAACUAUGUCGUCCGCAUCCUCUCUACCCUCGACCGCGAGCUUCUGAAGCCAUCAUCAUCCGUCGCCCUCCACAGACACUCCAAUGCCCUCGUUGACAUACUUCCUCCUGAGGCCGAUUCCUCUAUCGCCAUGCUCGGAGCGGACGAGAAGCCUGAUGUCAAGUACUCGGACAUUGGUGGUUUGGAUGCCCAAAAGCAGGAGAUUAGAGAAGCGGUGGAGUUGCCCUUGAUCCAGAUGGAUCUGUACAGGAAGAUUGGUAUAGAUCCUCCUCGUGGUGUCUUGCUUUACGGACCUCCAGGUACCGGAAAGACGAUGUUGGUCAAGGCCGUCGCCAACGCCACAAAAGCAUCUUUCAUCCGUGUGGUCGGUUCCGAGUUUGUACAAAAGUAUUUGGGUGAAGGUCCGCGAAUGGUCCGAGACGUCUUUCGGAUGGCUAGAGAAAACUCCCCCUGUAUCAUCUUUAUCGAUGAAGUCGACGCCAUUGCUACCAAGCGUUUCGAUGCCCAGACUGGAUCGGAUCGUGAAGUGCAACGUAUCUUGCUCGAAUUGUUGAACCAGAUGGAUGGAUUUGACCAGCAGACCACCGUCAAGGUCAUCAUGGCUACCAACAGAGCAGACACUUUGGACCCUGCUUUGCUUCGUCCUGGUCGACUUGACCGAAAGAUCGAAAUGCCGCACCCCUCAAGACGGGAACGACGACUGAUCUUCCAGACUGUGACUUCCAAGAUGAACCUCGGUCCUGAUGUUGAUCUUGAAGACUACGUUUCCCGACCCGACUCUCUCAGUUCCGCUCAAAUCGCUUCCAUCUGCCAGGCUGCUGGUCUCCAAGCUGUCCGAAAGAACCGAUACGUCAUCUUGCCCGUGGACUUUGAGGAAGCAUGGAAGUCUGUUGUCAAGAAGUCGGACGAGACCCACGAGUUCUGUAAGUAUCGCUUAUCGCUGGAUGCGACGGAGUUUGCGCUGACCAUAUUGCUUUAA